AUGUUUCAAGCAUUGAAGCUGUUUGCCGAUGCGAAGCUCGUACCUAAGCUGUCGUCUACACAGAAGCGAUCCUAUGGCCGCAGCUGUCAGCGUCGUCGUUCUACUUUCGAGGACCACUGGGUUCGUCGUCGUCUGGGUGUUCUUAAUAUAUCGGCUUUGCUGUUCGGCCGUCGGUCCGAAACGCUGAAAGCGUUAACUGUUCUCGCUGUGCUGUUACGCAGUUUUGUCUCCGAACCAUUUUGCCUUGCGCACGCGCAGUGUGAGCGAACUUAUUUCACUGUUUCAGACAGACGUAAACGCCACAGUCGCUGUCGUUGGCUGGGAUCAGAUGAGGUUGACCGAUGCAGACGCGUUUUUGCGGUUGCACAACGCGACGCGGCGCGACAAGACUCGACGGCGGUCGGUCGGACGUACGAAUCAUCGAUGCGACUGAGGGAGACGUACGCGCGGCGCGGCGCGGCGCGGCUAGCACGACGACGAUUCCGUGAAGAAGCGAGUUGCGAGUUGGUUGGUACUGUGCUAUCCGACGCCGAAUCCGUUCGUGUCAGUGUUUGCGACUCGUCUCGUCUCGUCUCGACUCGACGGCGGCUCACACCCACGCUGCUCGGCCUCAGUAAGGCAGAGACGAGUGCGCGUAUUCAGUGCUAUUCGCGUCUCUCGAAUUGUCACAGCAAGUCGGAGUGCGGAAUGCAUGAAGUUGGACAUUCGCGGUUCUUCGGCGAUUACUGCCCUGGUCGAGAGCUUCAUUUCCUCUCGAAGAGUCGUGGCUCCUAUUCGUUUUAG